AUGUCGCAAGUCAAAAUCUGCAUUAUGCUUGGAACUCCUUGCACCUUCCUUGGACCCUCUCGCAAACGAGGCCCCCCUAAAGGGUACAUUGACGCUAUAGAAGCUCGCUUGCACCAGACCGAAGCUCUGCUUGGUAUUCUCAUCGCCAGCAAUGACGACCGUGCGAGAGGCGUACUCGACGAUAUGUCUAAAGACGCUCUAGCCAAGGAGAUUAUCAACCGGGUUGACAACUCUCCAUACGGCUCAAAGGGCCGCAAAGGAGGCCCCAUUGGCGGAGCAAAGAACCGUCCGGGCUCCAUGUCACCAAUGGAUGCACCCGGCCACAGCGAUCACGUAGAUCUCCAUUCUACGCACCCGUCAAACGAAUGGCAGGAUCGCGUAGUAUCUUUGCUAAACAACCACAGCAACCACCACAUAAAUAACGCCACUCUCAACAACCCUCUACUCCUCACCCGGCCCGCCCUUCCUGUCGUCGCUCAGGACGCCACGGAGCGUCAAUCACCCACUAGUCGGCCACCUUUUCACAGGCCAGAUCCUACAGGGCCAGCGUCUCAAGUCCGCCGACAACGCCCGAAGGUAGAGUUUGAGGGCAGCGAACACGAGCGUGCUUCAUCUGCCUCAUCAACCGGCUUCCCAUUAGGUUCAGUAAUGUUAACGCGAACAGACAGUCCCAACUAUUCGAGCAUCUCACCUGUUCGCCGGGCCAAGGAAAGGUUAGAGCCAGGAAGUACCAGCUCCGUAGAUUCUGAAUCUGAAGAUGACGUUGUCGAUGCCGUUGGGCAGCUAAGUUUGAAUGAAGAUGAGCAGGUGAGAUAUCACGGCAAGGCAAGUGGAUUGUACCUGCUUGGUUACAAUGCAAAAGCCGAGGCUAGGAAUGAGGCUGGCAUAUGGCGAUUUCCGAAAGCACGUGUGUGGCCUCCUCUGCCGCCUGAUGCGCGAAGCAAUGCCGGCAUGCAGACCACAUCUGCGACAGAAGAUGACGAGUUUUUAUCCAAGCUACCAGAACCAGCUUUGCAAGAACAUUUAUUGGAUCUUUAUUUCACUUAUGUCCAUCCCGUAUUUCCCAUUCUACACAAGGCUGCAUUUUUCGAAACUUUCAGGAACGGAGGUAGAACGGGGGAAACUCCCGAAUCGCCGGCUUCCGAUGGACAGACGUCGACUUCACCAUCUCCUUUUCUUCGACAGCGUCGACGCAUCUCCCCUGUACUACUUCUCACCAUGUGUGCCAUCGCUGCGCGCUACUCAUCUAGCUCUGGUUCUCACGUCCCGCCUCCCGAAGAUCCCUCCAUGUGGACAGCGGGCGACGAAUAUCUUAAUAGCGCCAAGGUGAUCCUGGACAGUACCUACGCCAGUUCACGGCCCUCGACGUGUCAAGCAUUGUUGUUGAUGGGCUAUCGUGAGAUUGGAAUCGGUGCGAUGGCGCAGGCUUGGGUGUACACUGGUAUGGCAGUGAGGAUGGCCCAGGAUCUCGGAAUGCACAGGAGCGCGGAUGGAUGGGCGCGUGUGGGGUUAGGUGGGAGGUUGUUCAGUGAGUGGGAGCUACAGGAGCGGAGGAGAAUUUGGUAUGCAUGUGUUAUUCUUGACAAAUACGUCUCGACCUACAUCGGUCGCCCACUAGCUAUAUUUGAGAAAGAUUUUGAUACACAGCUCCCAAGUGAUUCUGAGCCCGAAGAACUAGAGUUAUGGAGCCCGCAUUCAUCGCCGCCGAUAGACACAAAUACGCGCCGCCCGUUAUCGCCCAGCAACGCACGGUCAGCGAGCCCUGUUCCUGGUCAUGUCCUUUCAUGCUUCAAUGCUUCUGCAACGCUUUCGGGUUUAUUGAGUAUGAUAGUUCAGGCUAUAUAUGCUAUCAGGCCAACGUCAAGCAGACAUGCAGAGUCGCUUUACCUUGAGGGUCUACUCGAUAAAUGGUACCUCGAACUACCAGAACAUCUCCGAUUUGAGCCUGGGUCGAACAAGUCUCCUUCGCCUGCGCCACAUGUCCUCACGCUCCAUAUGCAGUACUGGUGCACGAACCUGUUGCUCCACCGGCCUUUCAUACGACAAGUAUAUUUGCCACAUAGACAUAAAGCGGAGACUGUUGAUGACGCUGAUGUUCGCGCUACGUCUAAACGAAAUUAUGAACUUUGUGUAGGGGCCGCGAAUCAUAUUGCUUCAAUAGUUUCGUUCUAUCGCGAGAGAUAUUGUGUGCAACGUGCACCCGUCUUCCUUUGUUUUUAUGUUUUCACUGCUGGUAUAAUGCAUGUGACAAGCUUGUCGAUUUAUCCCAAUGAUCCUCAAGCUCGGAUGGGCCUGAACAAGUGUAUGGAUGCUCUUCAUGAGAUGGAGCUAGUGUGGCCAAGCGCUGCUCGGGCACGCGAGCUUCUACGCGGGUCUAAAGUCAUCACCGAGGGGGGGGAGUCAUUAAGGCUCCAAAGCCAGCCUGACAGACACAAGCGAGCGGCAGAACAUGCAGUUGACGGAGAAGAUGCUUACGAACGCAGUCAAUUGCACAAUGGCAGCGCAGACUACCCUAGCUGGAGAUCGAAUACAUUCAGCCAUCCCAUGCCUAAUGAUGAGUAUCAUACUCACGUACCUGUUCCACCACCUACUUCGUCGUCGUCAUCCAUCCACACGCUUCCUUAUUUCUCCUCAUACGAGCGGUGGCCGUCUGAUAACUCCAACUACCUUUCAUUCCCUGGGACUCUCUCAACGUCUGUCCUUCCGCAGAUGUAUAGUACGGGUUUGAUCGAUGAGCGGUCACCAAAUGCGCUCAAUGGUAAUAGUCGCAUGGCGUCGUAUGAUCAAGGGCAUAAUCAUAGCCGCUAUCCGCAGUUCUGGAGCGACUAUACAGCUUUUCCGCAGAUGGGAAUGGCUUAUGGAAAUAUGCCUUCGCAGUCUGGCCAGGUGGCUGUUGGACCGCCGCCUUCUGAACAACAGCAGCAACAGCAGGGUGAAACGUCUCCUAUGUAUCUAUCGAGUCAAUAUAAUCACGUGUAUAAUAAUCAACCGUCAUCUUAACACACUUCUGCCCGUAUUCCAGUAUCUUGCCCACUUUUUGCGUGUGUUUAUGACCACAAACAAACGUCACUCCCUCACCUCCUAAUUAAAAAUGAAUCAAGAAUGCUGCUUUUUAGCGUAUGUCUGUAUUUUGUAGUUUUCGCGAGACGUUCUUGUUCUAUUGAACUUUUGUGCAUUCUUCUUUUGUACUAAUGUUUUGGGACUUGCAUAGUAAUGUUGUCUUCCCUCCCACUAUCCGUUUGCUCUUGGAUUUACUCGUAGCCACACUAUUAUAGUAUAGAACGAUCGUGACUGAAUUCGAAUCAAAUGCUUGACCCAGAGCUAUGUGCACAGGUGUCCAAUCUCUUCCCCUGUAAAGGUGCUAUAUAGAUCUUCAUGCUGACAUGUAUGCUGCCUCCGAUAAUCAUUUCUGGACCCGUA